GGCUCUGCUCACCGACCGAGGCCGGCUAUCCGGGGCCAACCGAAGAUCCGCGGCGCUACGGUAUCGUUACGUCUAGGCGGGAUUCUGACUUAGAGGCGUUCAGUCAUAAUCCCACAGAUGGUAGCUUCGCACCAUUGGCUCCUCAGCCAAGCACAUACACCAAAUGUCUGCUUAUGCCUCAGAAUGUUCAGGCGGCUCCCAGUCCUUGGUCCACCAGGUUUCCAAUGAGAGCAGAGCAGACUCUGUAUCAGAGUUCUAUGAUGCUCAGGAGUAUCUGCUGACCUCUUCCUCCUCUGAGAAUGAGGUGUCAGACGAUGACUCAUACAUCAGUGAUGUGAGUGACACCAUCUCCAUGGAUACCUACAGCAAUGAGGGAGGCAGUGUGAGACACAACUCUGACAGCAGUGUGAUAACUCUGACACGACGGCGCUCCAUGCUGCCUGCUCCCUGUCCUGCCAGCAGCGUGAGCCUGUGGAACAUCCUGAGGAACAAUAUUGGAAAGGACCUGUCAAAGGUGUCUAUGCCAGUGCAUCUCAACGAGCCUCUCAACACCCUGCAGAGGCUGUGUGAAGAGCUGGAGUACAGCGAGCUACUGGACACUGCCAACCAGACCCAAGACCCUUUCCAACGCAUGGUCUAUGUUGCUACGUUUGCGAUAACUGCCUAUGCAUCCACCUACUUUAGAGCAGGAAGCAAACCCUUUAACCCUGUCCUGGGAGAGACGUACGAGUGUGACAGAGCUGAUAAGGGCUUCAGAUUUAUAGCUGAACAGGUGAGUCACCACCCGCCUGUGUCAACAUGUCACGCCGAUUCAAGGAACUUCAGCUUUUGGCAAGAUGUGCGAUGGAAAAAUAAAUUCUGGGGCAAAUCCAUGGAAAUUGUUCCCAUGGGAACCACACAUGUCACACUCCCUGCCUUCAGGGACCAUUAUGAAUGGAACAAAGUGACGUCCUGUAUCCAUAACAUCCUGAGUGGCCAACGCUGGAUAGAACACUAUGGGGAGAUGGUCAUCAAAAAUAUCAACAGUGACACCUGCCAGUGUAAAGUCACAUUUGUCAAGGCAAAGUCAUGGUAUUCUUCUACUGAAGUGAAAAAACCGGUACAGAAACGGAUCGAUCCUAGCUCAUUUAAAAUAGAUAAAAAGCAAGUCAGGGACUUGGGGGAGCAGAACUCUCUUAUAUUUAAAAGCAAGUCAGGGACUUGGGGGAGCAGGACUCUCUUAGAUUUAGGGCAGGGACCUAAAAAUGAUUACUGUCUUUGGAAGGACAAGGUUUAAACUAAUCCCUCAGGGCUGAGAAAACAACAGGCGUCGGGGUCUGGGAUCCAAAGCAAGUCAGGGACUUGGGGGAGCAGAACUCUCUUAGACAAACCGGUAAAAUAAAUAGAUUAAAUUUCCGCUAAUAAGUAACAACAGUAAGUUGAAUAUGCGGUGCCAGUAACGAAAGAAGCUGUAAGUCAUGGUAUUCUUCUACUUUGUGAAAAUUUAGCAUAAAAUUAGAAAACUUAGGAUACGAACUCUUUUAAAGUCGACAUAUAUAUGUUGUGUGUUAAAUGUUGUCUUGUGUUGUUUUGUGUUUUGUGAUGUUUUAAUGUGUGCGCCAUGGCUUUGUGUUGUUUUAUGUGCCUGGUAGCAUAGGCUCAGGCUGCAGAGUGUUGGUCCUUUUCAGUGACAAUCAAAAUACCAAAUUUUAUUUGGGAUUUGUUCCUGAUAGUGGAUGCAUUGUUAAAAACAAGAAUAGAUAAAUAAAUAAAUAGAAAUUUAGAGUCUGGACAGAAAUUAUAUGUACAAUAUUUGGAAAGAAAAA